AUGGCGCAUCUGCAGCCAGUUACUUGUGUGAAAACCAGCUACUAUCCAGACCAGAGAUGUGCUCUCUGGGACUGUUUAAGGUACAAGCAACCAGGAUUCAUCUACUGCUCACAGGCGCACAUGGUCGCUGCAACAGCUGAAAGCCAGCUUUUAAAGCCUGUGUGUAUGACCAACAUGUUCACGGUAGCACAGAUUGAGCAGCUGAAUAUCUCUCAUCUUUUCGAUUUGGUGAGAAUGCAAGCACCACAACGAAACACUGGUCUCCCAAAUUUCAGACAUAAUCUCUAUAUUCUCUCUCUGCCGACCUGA